AUGAACAGACAAGAUGCCAAUACUGAAGAUCUUUCACGUGUUAUACCUGAUCGCAUUCAAGGUGCUAGCAUGAUUUGCUUACCAAAGAUCACUAAUGAUGAUUAUGAAAAAGAUGUCAAAAGUUCAGUUUUGUUAGCUAAGUACUAUUGUGAUAAUGCAAUGGUUAUUAGCCACAAUAGUAGAAUAAAUAUGAAACAAAAAGAGGAAACGAUUGUUUAUGAUCUAGAAAACGUAGAUGAAGGAAUCAUUGUUGGAAGUAAUCAAUGGAACAAUAAAUUUCUAAUUUAUUCAGGUGAGGAAAGAAUAACCGGUGGUGAUAAUAUAGAAAAUAGGUAUGUUCUUGUAAAUAACCCAAGCUUUUUAGGUAAGAUUAUUGGAGGAAAGAACUCUACUAAUAUACUUGAUUUAAGCCAAUUGAAAGAUGAAGUGAUAGGAGUAAAUGUUAACUAUAGUUUAAAAUCAAAUGCCUCUGGGUCAUUAAGAGUAGAAGUAAAUGGCCAUGGGUUAACUAAUGAUCAAAUUAAUAAUGAAGGGAUCUUUAAUUAUCACUAUGUUGGAAGAAAGGACAAGUUAGAUAAGGUUUUGUGCAUGGGUUAUUCUGAGCAUUUUAAAGGAAAUGAAGAUCGUGAUAUUAUCAUAGAUAGUAGAGGUGGUUCUAAUGAUAAUGAGAGGGAUGUAAUUGAAGGAUGUAAAAAAGUAAUUGUUUCACCUUAUACCACAGUUAAGGGUGGAAAAAGCAAUUACACUUUUUACGUAAAAACUGCAGGCUAUAAAGGUAAGAAUUUACAUUCAGAAAUCAAUGUAGAUGGAAUAGGAAGUGUAGUGUUUCCGGAAUUUGAUUUAUUAGAUGAUUGCGAUCAAAUCACGUACUCUAGAAGCAGUAAUACUUUAUCUUUAAAAAUGAGUUUUGGUCAAAAUAAUAAAUUUACUCUUGAUAUAAGAAAUUACGUUGAGGAAAGCAGUAAUAGACCUCACUUUCUGCUAAUAGACAAAAAUGGUAGUAAUAUUGUUCCUAAGAUUGAAAGAUCAGACACAUCAACUAUAAGGAUUAACUCAUUUGAAUUACAUUCAGAGCAUUCUCUAGAUAAAUUUGAUGAUGUUGAAAACCAUUAUAAAAAAAUUCUCAAUAAUAAUAAGAACUAUAACAUUUUGGGUGUUAUAAGAGAUAAAGCACAAAGCAAUAAGAAAGUUGAACUUCAACAUGUGGUAUUUGGUUCUGCAGGAAAUGAUAUAAUAAAUUUUGAUCAUGGUACCAUGGUGGCAAAAGGUGGAAAUGGAAGUGAUAUGUAUGUUAUUGAUAGUAACAUAGAGAGAAGAGAGAUUAUUAUAGAUAACAAUUCAGAUGAUAAAAAAUUAGAUAUGUUAGUUAUGCCAGAAGUUCCUGAGGAGUUUUCAAUUCAACAGUGUAACUUGCAUUUAAACUACAAUAAUACUCGUAUUCAAGUAAGGAAUUAUCUUCAGGGUAACAGCUAUAGGCAUCUUAUGGUUAUGAACAGCAAAGGGGAAACCUUUAUUCCUUAUGUACAAUCAAUGUUGUGUGUUGGCUCUCCUAUAGAAAAUGGUAAAUUAGUUCCUUUUUUCCACACUACACAAACUCAGAAUAUGUUUUUGUUGCCUAAGGAUUUUCAAGGUGAUCAUGUAGUGAUAGAUUCUAAUCUUGAAGAUAUCGAGAAAUAUAAAGAUGAAGAUGAUCUCUUAUUAAUAAGAGAAAGAGGAAUUCCUUUUGUGACUAGAAUAGAAGAUUUUUAUAAUGAUCAAAGUAAAUGGAGAGAUGUUAAAUUUCUUCUGUGGAGCAAUGGUAAUUUUUUCCCAUAUUUAGGUUUACAGCAAGAGGUUGAUGGAAUAAUGGAGUAUAAAGAUAAACUUAAGAAUGAUUAUGAAAAAGUUAUAAAAGAAUAUGUUAUAGAUUUCACUAAGUCUGUAAGUAUCACACAUAAUCAAGAUGGCACUUUAACUUCGGUGGGGCAAGAUGAAGAACGCAUAGGAGUAGUGAUAUUAAAAGAUAUUACUCCAGAUCGGAUUAGGGUUUCCAGUAGUAAUACAGAUUUGGUGUUUUUCGACGAAGUAUCUAGCCAUGUAAUCAAUAUAAAAAAUUGGGAUAAUUCGGAGUCUUAUAGAAUUGCUACAUUGGAAUUUGAUGUAGGGUUAGAAGCAAUAAUAAUCCGGAGAUUAGACAGGUUUAGUUUGUCUAAUAUAGCAGAAAUACAAGAUCUGAUUAAUAAAGCUUCAGAGAUUUGCCAAAAGAAGGCUGGAUGCGAAGCUAACAUUGAAGCUAAAAAUAACGAUGGCCAAACACAAUUUCAUGUUGCUGCUCAAGAAGGCAAAUUGCGUUCUAUCAGGUUUCUUAUAGGUAAAUAUGCAGAACCUGAUGAAUUAGUAAAAGCAGUCCGCCAAAGAGAAAGAUUAAAGUCUCUCAUAAAUGAAAAAGAUAAGUUUGGUUAUACACCGCUGCAAUAUGCUGCUAAAAAUGGUAAGUGGGAUAUAGUCAAUCUUUUCCUUGAUAAAACUGCUGAAAGAAAUCCAGAUGAUGUUGCAAACAAGGAUCGAUUCUCAAUAAGCUGGAGCACUAUCCACUAUGGUGUUUACAAUGGUGAUGUGAAUCUACUUAAUGAUAUAUUUCAAAUUCUUUCAGAUAAAGGCACUAUCAUUAAUACUAAAGACAGUAGUGAUUGGACACCUCUACACUAUGCUGUAUAUUACAAUGCUCUAGAUGUGGUAAAAUUUCUUGUGAACAAAGGUUCUGAUAUCAAUGCUAAAAACAAGGAUGAUAAAACGCCGCUAGAUAUUGCGAAAGACAAGGGGCACAAUAAUAUUGUGGAAUAUUUAGAAAAAAAGCUCAGGGAAGAAAGAGGAAAACCUGUACAACGCAAACGCCGUUAUCACCAUGUGGAUCAUAGUCAUCAUCACUCAUCACAACAGCCUCUUACUAUAGAUGUAAGUAAUCAACCUGAGAUAGCAGCAAGCAGUACAACAAGACCAUCUUCAUGGAUAAAUGACUUAUUUAGUUGGGUAAAAAGCUCUGUAGGUGGGUUAUUUCAUUCUAGAGCUGUUUUAGUUGAUGCACCAAUAGAUGUAAAUGGUACAAUAAUGUUACUUGACGUGCUCAUUAGAAAGGUUACGGGUCAAAAAUACAUAUCUUCAGUAGAUCAAGCUACAUCUUUAUUAGAAGCGCAGAAUUAUGCACUAAAUAUUACAAAUGAAUUUGAGAAAGUAGUAAAGCAAGCUGCAUCAAAAAGUGAAAUAUCAAUACAUCGAUUAAAUAUUAAUUUCAUGAAAAUACAUGAUGAGAUUACAGAAGAAAUUAUAGGUGGUAAGUUUAAUGAGAUUUCAGGAAUUUUAAAAUCACAUAUAGAGAAAGCAUGUCCUGAUAGAGAAGCAGGAUAUCCUGGUAAGUUAAGUCCAAAGAAGUUUGAUAAAUUUAAGGAUGAACUUAAUAAGGGACUAGAUGCGACACUAAAGCAAGAGAUAUUACAUAGCAGAGAUAGUAAAUUAGAAGUUAGUAAUGUAAAAGGAAGCUUGAAGCCUAGGAGUGACUUAAAUAAUACUUGCAUUCAAGGUCAUUUAACUCAAGCUAGGAAUGUAAGGCUAGGAUAAUUACUUUAAAUUUUGAAUCUCAUCUACAGAAAGGCCGGUGAUUUUAGAGAUAACAUCAAUAGACACGUCGGCCUUAAGUGUAUAGUCCAGAGAUACAGCUAGAUAAUGCAGCAAAUAGUUAACAGUAGUAAUCAGGCAAAGUAUGGCUAACGAAGAUAAUAAAAUACCUCCAUCUUUACUUAACAGAAUUGCUGUAGAAUCUGUAAAUAAUAAGAAAGGG